GACAGGAUUUUUCAUCACCAACCAUGUCUUCAACUUCAUUCAACCCCAUCAACCCCAAACCGUUUCUCAAAACGCUUCUAAACAAGCGGGUGAUUGUCAGACUCAAAUGGAACAAAACGGAGUACACAGGCAACCUUGUAUCUGUGGACAACUACAUGAACUUCCAGUUGGAUGACGCAUCCGAGACCGCGUACGUCGACGGUAAGAAGACCGCCGAAACGGUGGGAGAGGUGUUUAUACGGUGUAACAACGUUUUGUUUGUUAGAGAAGCCACAGACACAGCCACCGCUGCUGUCCCCGAAAAUGAGGCGGUUGAGGCCAUCGAGAUGGAACAAUAGAAAAUACCUCCCCCCAAAGACGCCCAUAUUCCCCAGUAAUGUAAUUUAAUCUACGACCUAGCUUUUUGUGUCUCCCAAGUCUCAUAAAAAUU